AUGGCUUCGGCUCCUCUCGAUCAGCUCGUGAAAGGCGCGCCGGGAACAAAUGCGCCACCGUCGUUCAGUGACUCGCCUGCGCCCUUGCCAAAGUCGUAUUUGCAAGGAAAUGCCUCGGACUCGCGGCCUUCAACCCCAGACCCGUUGUCUACCCUGCCUUCGUCCCCGCCUCAGAUAUACUUGAAUCUAUUGAUUCUAGAAAGCUCCUUACGUGCGCAGUACCUGGCGCUACGGGAACGUCGCCGCCAGAACACUUUUUUCCUCAUGCUACUCGCCUUCUGGGUGGCUUAUUUCUUCUACGCGCUUUUUAUGCGACCAAGAGAGGAUGGCAGCGGAGUGGGAGGCUCGGUAUAUUGGAUGGUCGAGACGGCAGAAAAAGUCGCCUUUAUGGGUGGCAUCGUCACCGGCAUUCUGGUCUGGGGCACCGGUCAGUGGGAGCGAGGGAUGCGAUGGCCACGGCGCUGGUUCGCCGUUGCGAAUCGCGGCCUACGAGGCAUGAAUACCAAGAUCGUUCUGAUUCGCGGCCCGUGGUGGAAAGAAGGGCUAGCCUUCUUUUCAUUCAUUUUCCCAUACUCCUCGUUGUUCCAAUCCCCGGGCAACUUUCAGUACGUGGAACUGCACCCGUCCGAGAAAAAGACGACAAGACACACGCAAUUUGUCCAUGAUGAAGAGAGCGAGUCUGGAAUUGUUGAAGAGGACCUAGCGCCGGGAGGUGACUUUGUGCGAUUACUGCUUCUGCCGAAAGCAUUCUCUCCAGAGUUCCGCGAAAACUGGGACGAAUACCGUACAGAAUACUGGGAGAGAGAGAACGAGCGGCGGGCACAGCUUCGCCGCAAAGUCCGAGACCGUGAGCGCCAUCGAGCACGCCAGGAAGGAGACUGGCUGUGGUGGCUUCCUAUCAGGCGGUCAAGGUCACGCAGAAUCAAGCUUGUAGAUUCUCAUUCUCAUUCUCAUUCUCACACUCACCAACAUCACCAACAUCACCACCAGCCAAGCAGCGGCGGCGGCAAGCCCCAGGAAGGAAGAACUCGCCGGAACACGCGGUCAAACUCGCUAUCCCAGCAUUCGCGAGGCUUAUCGCGCAGUUCGACGCCUGAGGGCGGCACUACAAAUGCAACAGAAUCGCCGCAGAGCCACAGGCGGAAAAAGGGGUCCAAGUCGUCUACCUCAAGGAGUCUUUCUCCUCUGACUGCCACUCCAGUCUCGAAGCGAGACUCUAUGAUAUCCGUCUCUUCGACCGCGUCUGAUGAUUCGUUUUCGAGUGGGCUUAGGGAAAGGCGAGUCACGCCGGAAAUGCCUACCGCAGCAGAGGCUUAA